AUGCUGGAAUGGCCAACCGUGCCAACGACCCGAAGUCUGCCGAAGAGGCGGUUCGAGCUUCUCGACUUGCCUUCACCGGAGAGCCCGAGCGCAAAGCCGUACAUUGCCGCGUUGUCAGGCGAACUGACCAUGGGCCUCGAGUCGCCUGGCCCCCUGUCUCGGAGAUGGACGCUUGGAGCGAGGAACUCUGGUCAGUUUUCGCCCGCGAAAUCCCUGGCGCGAGCAGUAUUAGAUCCAAUUGCGAGUUCUCCUCAGAACAGUUUCCAGAAGGCAGAGGAACUUUGUGAUGCCCUUCCUUUGGAAGCGACCCUGGGCAGUCGACGCUCCUCCAGGCAGUGGAUUCUGCCACCAUUGGAUGCUAAGGUGGAAUCUGAAGUGGCCAGCGACUUCUAUCCUUCUCGACGACUCAAAGGAUGUCGAGGCGCAUCAGAGUAUCUGGCUCGGCAGUCUUCGAGACGAAGUGCGACGGAAGUGUAUGAGCUGAACUUCGUCAAGGAAGCCUUUCUCCGGUUCCGGUCGGACAGCGCGGAGUUGAAUGUCAGUGACCUUCGAGAUGUCUUGGACCACCUGGGCUACCUCGGAAUCACAGACGAAGCGGCUGCUUCGCUGGCCAAGGAGGUCUCGCGCUUCUCAACCCUGGACUUCCAGGAGAUGCAGAGGGUGAUCGAGUGUGCGGGGAACUUCGAACGCCAGCAGAUCGAGCAGGCGUUUCAGAGACAGGCCGUUGCACAGCAAGAUGGCGCCCACGUGCACGUGAACAGACUGCAGUUCAUCCUCCAUGAACUGGGUGCCACCUCGGACGGCCAAGCGGUGCGCGAAAGCCUUGCAGCCUCAAACCUGCCGGAGCCUUCUGCGACGGACGGUCAGCAGGAAUGCCCAGCGCCAGGCUCCGCUUGGCUCGACUUUGACCAGGUGAAUUACUUCCUGGCCACUCACCGGGCAGCUCAAUGUUGCUCCGAGGCGCUGGUGCAGAGCGCAGAGACGAUCUUCAAGUCCUUGGCACAUCGGCAAAGUGGCCGCCUCGAGGUGAGUGCCUACCGGAUCCCAGAGCUCCUCAGUCGGCUCUUCGAGGAUGACGUGCUGCAGUCCGUGAAAGAGUUAUGCCAGAGGCUCGAAAGCAACGAGGCUGCCCAAGGCUGUGAGAGCGAUGCCUCCGGAGACGAGGGUGUUGAUGUCCACCGGCCAUGUCGGUCCAUGGGCCUUAGCGAAUUUCUUACCUGGCUCCGGCGCCUCCGCUGCCUUCACCUACGCCGUGCCUGGCAACAGUAUGAGGAGGUAGCAUGCUCUCCAGGCCAUGUGUCUGUAGACGUCCUGGACUCCGUGUUGCCAGAUUGGCCCGCGGAACUUGAACGCCGAGAUGAGAUCAUGAAGGAGGCUGGCCUGCAAGGGAUGGAAGUGCUCAGCUUCGACGUCGUGGAUUCGUUACGCCGACGCUGCUGCUUGAUGAAGGACUUCUCCGUGUCGGAGGCGAUGUACUUCACAGGUGUCUUCGGGCACUUCCAACCUGAGGAUCGUGUUGGAUUCGUCGACCGCGCGGACUGCCUGUGUUUGUUUCGCUACAUGGGCUACGGCCUCAAGGGCGACGAAAUCUACUCACUGCUUUUGGAUGCCAAAGCAGCGGGUCAUAGGCUGUUGAGCCUGAGCGAUUUCCUGAGCAUGAUGAGGGCAUGCCGCGUGCGGGAGACAGGCAUGCUGAAAACAGCAUACGAGAUGAAGGCGCAGGACAUGGGCCUCUCGGACCUGAGUGACUUCGAGGAGACAGGCUCGGGCCUGUCUGUGUCCGACGAGGAGGACGGUCCCCUUGAGCUCGUCCUCAACAGACGACAGAGCAACGAAAGCUCCAGGGCGGCCUUCCGGCGGCGCAGCAGCGUCAAGCAGGAUGCGCAGUCCAAGAGCCAGGUCAAAGGCGAGGGCCUCGUGGUGCCUUCUGGUGUCCUGGAGGCGCUAGGUGCUGUUGGCUGGUCGCUGGCCGAGGAGGCGCUGUACGAGGCACUGGCACGCCUCGGCUUGACUCGGAACUUGCUGAGCCUGGGGGAGUUCCAAUCACUAGCAACGCUGCUACGUGAGGAGGAGGCCACGCAAAAGCAGACCCGAGCAGGUUGGUCUACUUCCGAGGCCCGAGACAUCCAAAGCCUUUACAAUGCCCAUGCCGGUGAUGAGGGUCGCUUGGAUGAGGAUGGAUUGCAGAGAUUGCUUUGGGAUCUCGAUAUCAGAAAAGGCUUUGGGGAGCUGAAGCAGCUUCUGGAAAAAGCUCGAAUGCUCAGCAGCGAUGAGUUUGGAGGGAGCAAGGUGACCCUUUCAACGUUAAUGCACUUGCUGCGCUUCAUCUCCCAGAAGGGACUGCGAAGCGCCUUUGGCAGGGAGAGCGAGGCCUUCUACGCGGAAUCUUGCACAGAGGCCGACUUGGCCGGCUACCGCGAUCUUUUCCGAAAGCUGCGGAGCUCGGAAAAACCUGCGGAUGCAGAGACUUCUGGCUCCAGUUCCAAGUUCCGAGGGAAGUCUGAGUCGGGUCUCACGGUCCCGCUCCUGACGCAGCCCGCGUCCCAUAACGGGAAGCGCCGCAUACGGAAGUGCAGCCCUGGGCUGCAGGAGGAGUACCCAGUGGUCGUACAGAAGAUCAGGUCAGCUUUGGCAGUGCCGAGUUCGGUGCAACAGGUCUCGGGGGCAGUUGUCAUGAAGUUUCUACGGCGCCUGGGACACCGGUGUGGGGGCGGUGAUCAGCUGUCUCCGCAGCAGCAGGCCGAGCUGUGGAAAAAAGUCGAGGAGCUCAGCGUGAGCAAAGAGGCUCGAGACAUGCUCAGCUUUGCAGCUUUCGUGCGCCUCCUGGGCUGGGUCCGCCGGUCGGAUUUUGCAUCAAUCCGACACCAUUCCGACAAAGUCGGCUCUUUUUUCCGGCUGGCCGAGUCCGUGGAAAUCUAG